UGUUUUUCCAUGCGUGCAGGGAACAUUGUUACUGUUACCCUUGAAGAAACUGUGAGGGGGGAAUAAAAAAAUAGCUAGCUACACUGUUUAUAAAAAAAAAUAUUAAUCAUUAACAUAUCGUCACUAUUUCCUAAGGGAAUGCAAAAUGUACCCCAAGUGAGGAUGUGUAGGUAAUGCUCUCUGAGCUCUGCGGGACGCCAUGUCUGAAGAAUCGAUCUCAGGAAGUGACCUGGACCCUAGCAUUAACAGUGAAGAGGAAGAUCUGGAAGAGGAGGAGAUUGAUGAUGAUGGUGACAACGAUGGGGAUGAUGAAGAUGAUGCAGUCGAGCGGCCAGAGAGUGGCCAUGGCAGUACAGAGAUGGAGACCCAGGGAGGGAGGGACUCYCCCUCAGCUACCUCACCCUCGGAAGAGCCUCCCUCUGGGCCCCCGUCUCAGCCCGCCUCCAGGCCUUCCUCCCAGCCCAACUCGAGACCUGCGUCUCGCUCCCAGCCCCCGUCCCGUCCUGAGAGCCCCAGCCAGGACAAGCCCUCUGUGGACAAAAAGCCCGCCUCCAGGCCUUCCUCCCAGCCCAACUCGAGACCUGCGUCUCGCUCCCAGCCCCCGUCCCGUCCUGAGAGCCCCAGCCAGGACAAGCCCCCUGCGGGCAAAAAUAAGAAACCAAGGGCAUCCAAGGCUUCAAAGUCCCAGGCCCCUUCGUCCGGUCCUGAGAGCCCCAGCCAGGACAAGCCCUCUGCGGGCAAAAAGAAGAAACCAAGGGCCUCCAAGGCUUCAAAGUCCCAGGCCCCUUCGUCCGGUCCUGAGAGCCCCAGCCAGAACAAGCCCUCUGCGGGCAAAAAUAAGAAACCGAGGGCCACCAAGUCUAAGGACCCUAAGCCUGCUAAGACCUCUAAACCAGCACACAUGAGGAAGAACAUCAGACACUUGCCAGUGAGGAACUCUUCCCACCCAGUGCGUCCCGUCAUCGAUCAUUCUGAUCGCCAGAGUCCGCCGGGCUCCUCCUGCUGGGCCGUCCCCCAUCCUCACGUUGACUCCGGCCUCUCUGCUCCUCUGCACCCGGCACGAACUCUGCUCUACUGA